AUGGCCUUAGAGCUCAAGAAAUGGUGCUUAUUGGAAGGAUUGAAGUCAUUGAAACAUGUAAAACUCGCUCAUUGCCGCCUCCUCCGCCUCAACCUCCACCACGACAACUACCUCCUCAACAUCAUCCUCCGCUCUUCCUUAAACUUUUCCAACACCCACUACCCAAUCCUCGUUUUCCACAAAACAACAUUAAACCCAAACACCUUCCUUUACAACACUAUGAUUCGCGGCAUGGUCUCAAACGACCGUUUCCAUGAAGCUGUUCAGUUGUAUUCCUCAAUGCAUAAAGCCUCUCUUGUCCCUGACAACUUCACUUUUCCUUUUGUCCUCAAAGCUUGUGCCAGACUCAAUCUUUUUCAAUUGGGUCUUACUAUUCAUUCUCUUGUGAUUAAAACCGGUUUUGAUUAUGAUGUUUUUGUGAAAACGAAUGUUGUUUGUUUUUAUUCUAAAUGUGGGUUUUUAAGUGAUGCCCGGAAGGUGUUUGAUGAUAUUCCUGACAAAAAUGUUGUAUCUUGGACUGCUAUUAUUUGUGGGUAUAUUGAGUUUGGUCAGUGUAGGGAAGCGGUUGAUUUGUUUAGAGGGUUGUUGGAGACGGGUUUGAGACCUGAUGGUUUUGUAAUUGUUCGUGUUUUGCGGGCCUGUGCGCGGUUAGGGGAUUUGGAGAGUGGGAGGUGGAUAGAUAGGUGUAUGAGUGAGUGUGGUUUGCAUAGGAAUGUUUUUGUGGCUACCUCUUUGGUGGAUAUGUAUGCUAAGUGUGGAAGUAUGGAGGAAGCGCGAUGUCUGUUUGAUGGAAUAGUUGAGAAGGAUGUUGUUUGUUGGAGUGCUAUGAUUCAAAGUUAUGCAUAUAAUGGGUUACCAAGAGAGGCACUCGAGUUGUUCUUUGAAAUGAGGAAGGUAAAUGUGAGACCUGAUUGUUAUGCCAUGGUGGGAGUUCUCUCUGCAUGUGCAAGGUUGGGAGCGUUGGAGUUAGGAAAUUGGGCUAAGGGUUUGAUGGAUGAGGAGGAGUUUUUGUCUAACCCUGUGUUGGGUACUUCCUUGAUUGACUUGUAUGCAAAAUGUGGAAGUGUGGAGGAGGCUUUGAGGGUUUACAAAAUGAUGAAAGAGAAAGAUCGUGUUGUUUUCAAUGCUGUUAUUUCUGGACUGUCAAUGUAUGGACAUUUUGGGGCUGCAUUUGGAGUUUUCGGGCAAAUGGGAAAGUAUGGAAUUCGACCGGACGAGAAUACUUUUGUUGGUUUGCUCUGUGCAUGUACCCAUGCUGGCCUGGUUGAUGAUGGCCGUCGCUAUUUUAACAGCAUGAGUCAUGUAUUUGGUGUGACUUCUACCAUUGAGCACUUUGGAUGCAUGGUGGAUCUCCUAGCCCGGGCAGGUUUGAUGGUUGAAGCACAUAAUUUGAUCAAGGGUAUGCCAAUGAAGCCUAAUGCUAUUGUUUGGGGGGCAUUGUUGGGUGGAUGUAGGUUACAUCGGGAAACCCAAUUGGCUGAACAUGUGCUGAAACAGCUCAUUGAGUUAGAACCAUGGAAUUCAGGACAUUAUGUUCUCUUAUCAAAUAUAUAUUCAGCAAGUCAUAGAUGGGAUGAGGCGGAAAAAAUCAGGUCAACAUUGAAUGAAAAAGGAAUGCAAAAGUUACCUGGGUAUAGUUGGGUUGAAGUUGACGGGGUCGUUCAUGAAUUCCUUGUUGGAGACACUUCCCAUCCAUUAUCACAAAAGAUAUAUGAAAAGCUUGAAAGCUUAUUGAAGGACUUGAAAGAAGCUGGUUAUAAUCCAACCACCGAGUUUGUACUCUUCAAUGUAGAGGAGGAGGAGAAAGAGUACUUCCUUGGUUGUCAUAGUGAAAAAUUAGCUGUUGCAUUUGCACUGAUCAGUACUUGUGCCAAAGAUGUGAUUCGUGUUGUUAAAAAUCUUCGUGUUUGUGGCGAUUGUCACGAGGCAAUAAAACUCAUAUCAAAAGUUACAGGGAGAGAGAUAGUCAUUAGGGAUAAUAAUAGAUUCCAUUGUUUCAGUGACGGUGCAUGUUCUUGUCGGGAUUAUUGGUAA